CAAUGAAUUCUCAAAACAACUGUUUGGAAGAGAAGCUCAAUCACUGCAAGCAAGCAGAGGAGCCGGGAUCCCUGCCUCCGCCUAAAUCCUCUAUCUUCCAUGCCACAACAAACAUAAAAGUGAGCUUUUCAGAAGUUGGAUCUCAGGCUGUGUUUCUCGGACUUGCUGCACUUAACUGCCUCUUGCCAUUCGCUCAAAUCAAAUCACAAUAGUUCAUUCUGUAAAUUCUUCUUACAUUUUUUUUUUUUAUUUCAAUUGUGUCUUAUUCUAUAAAAAUUUAUCAUUUUUACAAAAAUUUCAAAAUUAAAAUUUAUUAUUUGAUAAAUGUUGAACUAUUAUUAGAUUAAUAGAAAUAUGCUCACCUCAAAUAACUGUGAUUAAAAUUUUAUUUUCAAUUUUUUUAAUGAUUAAAAUAUAAAGCGGGUAAUAUUUCAGUAACCAUGUAAGUUGUCCUAUUAAAUAAUAUGAUUUUUGGUAAUGGGAACGAAAAUUUUAAUAUGAGACUCAAGAGCCUACCCCCUUAGCCCAUUCACUUCGCCCCUGUUUUCGUUCCCAUAACCAAAAAUCACCCAAAAUUCUCAUUUAUAUGUUAUCAUUAUUUCUGCUGUCUAAUGUGGAUUCGGAAGGAAGAAGAUGUCUGUAAUGAAUGGAGGAGCGUCCCAUGGAGAAGCUUGGAAAGCUCAUGCCUCCAUGGCGUUGGUGCAGCUCAUGCAUGGAGGCUAUCACGUAAUUACCAAAGUAGCCCUCAAUGUUGGUGUCAACCAGCUUGUCUUCUGCGCCUUCCGCGAUGUUCUUGCUCUCUCUCUUCUUGCCCCCAUCGCCUAUGUUCAUGAAAAAAGUAUUCGACCUCCUAUGACCAAACGCCUCCUCCUGUCUUUCUUCUUUCUUGGGUUAACUGGGAUUUUCGCCAACCAGCUUUUAUUUCUCAUUGGUCUAAGCCUUACGAAUCCAACUUAUGCUGCUGCCAUACAGCCUUCGGUUCCAGUCUUUGCCUUUCUCUUGGCUGUAAUGAUGGGUACAGAAAGAGUGACUUGGCUAAGCAUUGAAGGUCAAGCCAAGGUUGGAGGUACCCUAAUCUGUGCUUCUGGUGCAAUAUUAAUGGUUCUGUUUCGUGGUCCAGCCUUGCUUGGACAGAUGGAUGCAGACUUUGCUGAUCAAAAUGACAUCAGUGCCAGGAGUCAACCAGAAGGUGCUGGAUGGCUUAUUUCUAGUCUCCUCGCAUUUGGGCUUGAACAUUGGCAUGUUGGAGUUUUAUGCUUGAUUGGGAACUGUAUGUGCAUGGCUGCUUUCCUGGUCAUUCAGGCUCCAAUUUUGGCCAAGUAUCCUGCCAACAUUUCUGUCACCGCGUUAUCCUAUUGUUUUGGUGCUGUAUUGAUAGUAGCAACAGCAUUGAUUAUGACGAAUGAAUCAACAGACUGGAGUCUAACACAGUCUGAGCUUUUUGCAGUCUUGUAUGCUGGAUUUGUUGCAUCUGCUCUAAACUAUGGACUGCUGACAUGGUCGAACAAGAUCUUCGGGCCUGCUUUAGUUGCUCUCUAUAAUCCACUUCAACCUGCAGCAUCAGCCUUUCUGUCAAGAAUUUUCCUUGGAAGUCCAAUUUAUUUGGGAAGUGUAAUUGGGGGAUUUCUAAUAAUUGCUGGUCUAUACAUGGUCACCUGGGCAUCCUAUUCCUAUAGAUACAGAGAAAGAGAAAAUGGAAGGCACACUCCGGAGGGGGUUGGGUCCUUUGAAACUGUGAUCAACAAAAAUGCAUAAAUUAACAACUUUGGUUGGGGCCAUCUCAUCUGCUUCAUCACAAUAAUCAAAUUCAGUGGAGAUGCAUUCCCUCCCGCAGCCACAGCAGGCCACAGGUAUUAUCAUUAUUACUAUUUACAAAGAUCAACUUCAAAUGGUGUCACACGGCAAGGCUUGCCGUCAUAGGGGAAAAAUUUUCAGUACGUACAUAUAAUAGAGAAAGAGAUUGAUUGAUUGAUUAAAUACGUUUAGUUUUAAUGGGCGUGAAAUUAGAUUUUAGGAAUGUAUUACUCACUUUUUCUUUCGUUGAUAUAUAUUUAAAUUUGAUUUAGAGAGCGUGGGAUUUCAGAGGAUUUAUUGUUUCACACCACUUUUUUAUAAUUGGAUUAAUAAUUCGUUGGGACAUUCUUCUUCUUAGUAUUAGAGUGAGAUUUGACGUUAUGUUAGGUGUAGUGUAUUUUGCU